CUCCCCAAGGUGCCGGCCACCAUUCUCUUCUUCGUCCUCGGCGCAUCUCGGUCGGCGGCCGGUUGGUACUUUGGCUUGGGCCUCACUGCCGCUGGCAAUCAGAGUUCGUGGAAAGCAAAUCAGAGCGGGGGGACUCGGAAUUCCUUCACCAAUCAACAGAGGGUCCGAAUAAUUUCAGUGUUCCUGUUCCAGUCUGGAUUCGGAUUUGCUUCACCUACUCGGAGUCGGGGUGAGCCCUCGGCCGGCGAUCUAUAAGUAUAACCGGGACCCCGGCCUGCCCUCCGUCCGCUCUAACCAAGAUUGCAAUUUUCUUGCCCAACAGAUAGGCUUUGCUCUGCUUUAAGCCAUGGAGAACUGUAGCAUAGUAGCCAGGAUAAUGGGAUUGCAAGGCCUACCUAUGUACCGGCAGAAGUUGUGUUCUCUAGUCUUCAGAUCUUUGCCCAGGCUGCUGCUAGGCUUCCCUCCCAGCUCAAUCAGGAAAUUCUUCAGAGACCAACAUGUUCAUGUGGCACUGACAGAGACCAAAAUGGUGUCCACAUUGCCAGAGCUGCCGAAGGACAUCUUGAUACUUAUCUUUGCCACUCUCGAGAUCCCUGACCUCGUGCGCGCUGGCUCGGUCUGUUCAUCCUGGCACUCCGCAUACGCCGAGCUACGCACCCUUGGGAAGUACAAGAAGGGUCAGACGCCUUGCCUGGUCUACACCUCUGAAUCCGAUCCUGAUGAUGCUUUGUCCCUCUACAGCCUCGCCGAGAAGAGGUCCUACAAGUUAACUCUGCCGCAGCCACCUAUCCGCAGAAGAUAUUUGAUUGGGUCCUCACAUGGCUGGCUCGUUACUGUCGACGAGAGGUCUGAGAUGCACCUUCUGAAUCCAAUCACCUGUGAACAGAUUGCUCUCCCUUCAGUGGCUACCAUUGAGCAUUUGAAGCCCAUAUUUGAUGAGCAUGGUGAUGUCUGCAAGUAUGAGAUGUCAUCGCACACUGGACUGUGCAGUAGCCGUAAUCCAACCAUCUUUGCUCUUGCCGAGCUGAGGGAUAGACUCCAGUGGAAGGCAUUUGUAUUUCCUGAUACAUCCUCAGGAGGCUACAUUGUGGUGCUCAUCCACAAUCCACAAGCUCAGCUCUCAUUUGCAAAGGCAGGGGAUGAUAAGUGGACCUGGUUACCGUCUCAUUUGCUUUUCGAGGACUGCACUUACAAGGAUGGCAUAUUGUAUGCAGUCAAUACAAUGGGAGAAAUCCACGCGUUCGAUCUUAGUGGCCCUGUGGUCACUGUAAAGACGAUUAUAAGGGCACCUGAGCAUUAUGAUUGUGAUAGCAGGUAUAUCGUUCAAGCUCCAUGGGGCAGUCUGCUACUUGUGUUUAGAAUAGUUCAUGACCAUGAUUUAGAAUAUGAGUACUGGAAGACUACAGAAACUAAAAUAUGCGAGAUUGAUGCUCUGUGGAAUAAAAUUGAGCUAACCAAUUGCUUGCGUGACCAUGUGUUAUUUCUUGGUCAUAACCUAUCACUAUGCCUCAGUGCUGAUGAGUAUCCUGCUCUCAAGGCAAAUCAUUCCUAUUUUACCGAUGAUAAUUUUCUAUGGACAAUGGGCCAUAAGAAUAAUCAUCGUGACAUGGGAAUUCUUAACUUGGAUGAUAACAGCAGGGAGGAACUUGUGCCUCAGCUUUGGUCCAACUGUCCGGCUCCAAUGUGGAUUACUCCUGAUCUUACAAAGAUGUGGCGAUGGGCUCAAUGAGCCAACAACUGUGAAGUGAUCUGGUACAGUUACAAUUAACUCGACAGAGGUCCUGUCUGUGCUGUAAAAAUGGCCUGUUGAGGGAGUGCUCAACAUCAACAUCCUUUUCUGCUCAGUCUUUUGAUGAUGCUGCUGAUGUGGUAAUCCGAGAUAAUAUAUGCAGGUGUUUUCAGAACAUCAUGGAGAAGACGGAAUCAUCUUGUAGUUACAGCAAUCUGACAGUUUUUAUGUUUCAAAUAGUUUGUAAUAGUUUGCUCAAAUACUGUACAGAUUUUUUUCAUAAUUUAUUGCGAGAGGUUAAAUAAAUAU